GCUCCAGACACUGUACUGCCAGAUGCUAUUAGUACAACUUAGAUCAGCUCAAUAUCGCCCUCCUUGCUAGAGCUAAUCCAAGCCUAGUGUUAUCAUCAUCAUCAAGCAUACUAGUAUCCUUCUCUACAAAUAUUGUACCUGACUCAGCGCUCGGCACACAUCAUUCGCGUGACUUAAAGUCUUGUACGCGUCCGCUGGUGGAGAAGCCAACCACGCAUCGCCCACUGGCACCGUCUCCAGGCGUUGCAGUUGGCUCGAAUCCUGAUUACCUAGUAGGCCCCCGUCUCUUGGCUGUGCACGCCCAGAGCCGGACUCGCCCUCGCCUCUAUCGUCGCUAACUUGAACGGCUCCCACCGUACACCUUGCCUAUACUGCUGUACCAGACGCCUUCAUUUAGGCUCCUCUCCCCCCAUGCCGCCUCUCACCCUCCCUCUCUGUUACUCACCACUUCGGUACCUUCUGUGACUUGCUUUGAGAGCAAGUCUGUUACGCGUGCCUUCACCAUUUCCCACGACAUCCAUUCAUCCGCCGAUGGUCGACUCCGCCGACGAGCCUCCGCUGUCCAGUACCAGACACUCAUGGGCUAAGACCGAUUCGUCCCUUGCACCGGCGUCCCUGAACCCUCCCCGGAAUCUCCGCGAAGAUCCAUUCCAACCAUCAAACCCUCGGGCUCAUAACGUUGGAACUGUAUCCCAUCAUGCUGGCCACGGCCCCCCCGCAGCUGGCUCUGCGCACCCAGAUCAUCGUAGAGAUGGAGAGGAUAAAGAGCAACAAGACGGAUCACCUGUGGAACAGAAAGAAGAUGGAACGCAAUCUUCCACCAUAGGGAUUGGUGACACCAAGGAGGAAGUACCCUUGGCCAAACGUUUUUUCCGCGAUGUCAAGCGCAUCAUCUUCUCCAGUUGGGUCAACUGGCUUCUCGUCUUCGUUCCUGUCGGGAUUAUCCUGGGAAUUCUCGUCGACUGGGCCCAUGUCGACGUGGUCAGCCCCAGUGCUGUCUUCGCCAUCAACGCAGUUGCCAUCAUACCUCUGGCUUCACUUUUGUCAUAUGCGACAGAGAGUGUAGCCCUUCGACUGGGCGACACCGUUGGGGCGUUGCUGAAUGUCACCUUUGGCAAUGCGGUCGAACUAAUCAUAUUCAUCAUCGCUCUGGCGGCCAAAGAAGUGCGCGUCGUUCAAGCUGCGGCCCUUGGCUCGAUCCUGUCUAACCUCCUCUUGAUCUUGGGCAUGUGCUUCGUUGCUGGCGGCCUACGAUUUAGGGAGCAACUGUAUAACUCGACUGUAUCUCAGAUGAGUGCAUGCCUUCUCUGCUUGAGCGUCAUCAGUCUUCUUCUGCCGACGGCAUUUCAUGCCUCGUUCUCUGAUACAAACAGAGCAGACCACGUGGUAUUGAAAGUCUCGCGAGGUACCAGCGUGGUUCUUCUGUUGGUGUACCUCCUCUACCUUCUGUUUUCACUCAAGUCCCACGCCUUUAUGUACCAGAGUACACCGCAGCAUUUGAUUGACGAAGAGUCGCAUCCUGGAGUUCUCGCUGAAAUCCUCAACUCUUCAAGUUCGUCCAGUGACAGCUCCAGCUCGAGUGAUUCUGAUACCGACUCGAGCUCUGGUUCUCAGACCACGGCCAAACGCUUUCGUCGGGCCUUGCGCCGGAGGAGGCGCAAGUCAAGUUCCACUACCAAAGAAGAUGCUUCAUUGCCUGGAUUCACGAGGAGCUCCUCCGUCCUAACUGCACCUGGUGUCUCAACUCUCCAGGCUACGCCGCCCACAUCCCAAGAACUUGAGCCCGUCUUUAGUGGCGACGAGGGGGACAACGAUGGCGAAGGUCAACCUCGAAGACAUCAUUCUUCAAGAACUGCAACCAUUCAUUCGCGUGAUUUCGAAGACACAACGCAGCCGGAUCGUGGCCCAGGGAAAUCAAAGAAAUGGCACAAGAAAUCUAAAAGAUCUCGACGUUCGAAGAAGGGCAAGGACAACGGUUCAGUCACGGAGAAUCUACCCAUCGUGGGGAGCGGAACACCAGCGUGUGCUCCUCCAGCAGUGAACAUCACUGAACCCCAGGUUGGAACUGUGCAGGAUAUUCGUGAUAUGUCCAGUGACAGCGCCACCAGACGACCGUUCAAUCUCCGCAACCUCUCGGAGGCUGUCAAGCCCGCCUUUAACUCUACUGUCUUCCCGCAUCAUCAAGCUACCGGCAGACCUCUGGCAUUCCCAAUCCGUCCUGUCUCUCAGUCACUCCCGACUUCCCGAGGUGUAGUACGUCGAACUUCCUCCAUGCCGGACAUUCUUCGUCCCACGCUGUCCCAGCAAGGGCUGUCACCGAGUGCCACAGCACCUGCUCAACCAGCUGUAGUCAAUUCCGAAACGGCCACUGCUGUGGAGACAGAACAGGUCGUGGAAGUCAAGCAGCAUUUGUCGCGGACUUCGGCUGUCGUUCUGCUCCUUGUAUCCACCGGCCUUGUUGCACUCUGCGCCGAGUUCUUGGUUGGGAGUAUCGACUAUCUGAUCGCCAACAGCGGCGUUAGUCAGGCCUUCAUUGGUCUCAUUAUUCUUCCCAUUGUCGGCAAUGCAGCGGAACACGUGACAGCGGUGACUGUUGCUGCGAAAAACAAAAUGGACUUGGCGAUCAACAUCGCAUUGGGCAGUAGCAUUCAAAUUGCGCUGUUUGUCACCCCCUUCAUGGUCAUUCUUGGCUGGAUCAUCAAGACGGACAUGAGCUUGUAUUUUAGUCUGUUUGAGACUGUCAGCCUGUUCGCCAGUGCCUUCAUCGUCAGCUUUUUGAUGAUCGAUGGACGGAGCAACUAUCUGGAAGGGUCUUUACUGAUUGCUGCCUACGUGAUUAUUGCGGUGGCCGCAUUCUUCUAUCCGACAUGUGAUCUCAGUUCAGCCAGCGGGCCACUGGAGGGAACAAACAGGUGCUGAAGGGAAGAAUGAGAUACUCAUAACGGAGGCAGGAGGGUGUGCAGUGUGUCUCCGCCGCUCGUUAUUCGGUGAUAUCUGAGGAAGGGGUUGUCAGAUUGCAAAUGCCCCGGGUUUAGUUGGCAUCUAACAGGUGGCGUUGCCGAUGCACGAAUCUACGUGCUGCCACCCACAUAACAGUGGUCAAUUGUCGAAGUGUUUCUUAUCUUGGGGCCUCUAAGUAUGCAUCGAAAGGGGGCGGCAGCUGGUGAAGGACCUCGGCGUAGCGGAAUCGGAUUCAGAAUCAAUAUCAAGAUAAUCAACUUGUCCAUCAAGGUUCACCUCGAACCUGUUAUCGUAUGAGAUCUUGUUUGUCAAUAGUUGACAGCUUCCGGUGGCCCUAUCUAUCUGCGCAGCCGUUUAGGCAUAGUUCG